AUGAUGUCAUUUCAUAAUUUUUUUUUUGGAAUACAUUAUGUAUCGGGCGAGUACAAGAUACCGCUAUGUUUCACCUUCGUUGACUUAAAGAAGCUCUUCGACUCGGCUGAGACGAAAGCGGUCAUGGAAGCCUUGGACAACCAAGACGUCAAUGCUCAGUGCCUGCACCAUUUACGUAUUUGGUGGCGACAUCGCUGUGAUAACAUCUAG